AUGAUGCUGUCACCUCAGUUGUUUCAUGUAACCACAGCACUCACCCUGUUGCUGGUGACAUCCUACGCUGAAAAAGAGUACAUAGGAAUUUGUGGGAAAGGAAACCAAGGAAAAAAAGCCAUUAUUUUGACUAAACAGCUAAUAGAAUAUGGAGGGAAAUUGUUUGCUACCAAUGGGAAAUCAGCUGAUUUUGAAACCAUAUUUAACAUGUGCAAAAAUGCUGGAGGCUUCAUUGCAUCCCCCAAGAACAAGGGGGAAAAUAAUGCCAUUUUGGAGUUUGUGAGACAUUUUAACCCAUAUGCAUAUUUGGGAAUAAAGGAGAGUCUGAGUCCAGGUGAAUUCCUUUACCUUGAUGGCACAGAGCUGUCUUAUACAAAUUGGUACCCAGGUGAACCCUCUGAUAGAAGGACAGAAGCUUGUGCAGAGAUGUACAUUGAUGGCACCUGGAAUGACAAAAAAAUGCAAUUACCAUCUCCUGUCUGUGAAUUUUAAUUCCUUCUUCUCCUUUUACUUUUGCAUUGCUAACAAUUCUCACGUUCCUUGAAUUCUUUCACCCACAAACAGGAACCUGUUCUUUCUGCACUGUAGUUAGUGAAUUUUGUGAUUAUU